UACUUUCUGUAUACUAUGUUAAAUGUAAAAUUAAAUAAAUCAUUUGCCGUGUGUUGUUGUUUUUAUUUUUAUUUCUUAUGGUUUUUUUUUCUUUUUUCAUCAGGCAAUACAAGCAGUUCCCUUCAGAAUUUUUUUCAGGCAUUAAUCCGGACGCCUGCCGGUCCUUCCUCCUUUUCUACGUCCCUGAGCGAGGCCGGCGUCAAGAUGAAUGACACAGUGACAGUCAGGACACGCAAGUUCAUGACGAACCGUCUGCUUCAGAGGAAGCAAAUGGUCGUCGAUGUCCUCCAUCCCGGCAAGGCCACAGUCCCCAAGACUGAAAUCAGGGAGAAGCUUGCCAAGAUGUACAAGACCACUCCUGAUGUCGUCUUCGUCUUUGGCUUCAGGACUCAGUUUGGUGGCGGCAAGACAACAGGCUUUGCCAUGGUGUACGAUUCCCUAGACUAUGCCAAGAAGAACGAGCCCAAGCACAGACUUGCCAGGCAUGGUCUGUAUGAGAAAAAGAAGACCUCAAGAAAACAGCGCAAGGAACGCAAGAACAGGAUGAAGAAAGUACGAGGCAUCAAGAAGGCCAGUGUUGGUGCUGCUGGCAAAAAGAAGAAAUGAGGUGUCAGUUUGCAGUGAGCCCGGACAGCCAGGGAGAGACUCCGCGCUCACGAUGUUCUUGUAUAUUGUCAUCAAAUAAACUUUGGAAAAAAUUGGAAAAA